UUCACCUUGCGCAGGACAGAGACAAUUCGGCCGACCUGCACACACACAGGGGCGGGAAUAAAUGGGAAGGCAAUUUUACAAACAUUUUAAAGUCAUUUUGUGGGAAGGAUAAUUUUCGCUUAUCCAAAUUGGCACUUUAUUUUCGGGGGGAGGGACAAACUUUGAUCCCCCCUUCGAAGCAAACAAGUAAACCACUGAGACUCCAAAUUGGUGAAAAGUAACUCCCACCAGCCAGUGUUAACCACUUCAGGCGAAAGACAUCUGCCCAAGAACACCGCAAAUACAUUCAAAAGGACCAACAUAUAUAAAUGAACAGAUAGGCACACACGCAAGUGACCAAAGGGGGAGUGGCGUCUAUCUUCUUUCACUCCCCAUUUGAUGAAAAGGUCAACCGAGGGGACACAUCAGGAAAAUCUCCAAAUGAGUGGGCCAGACAAAAAAUACAUCACCGUGUAUUACUGCAGAAAUGGCGGAACCGGCCAAGGGAAGGACAGGAAGAAAAAGGAAGAAAUGAAUAAGGGAUACGUGACGAUAGAAAUAACUAGGAUGAACCAGAGGAUACACCCCUAUAGGAAGGCAAAAGGGCAGCUUAUCUCUCCAAAGGGGAGUAAGCAAAGUGGCAUGCAACGCGGCAUGGAACGCAGCAUCGAACGCGGCAUCGAACGCGGCAUCGACCGGGGCAGGAAGUUCCUGGCGAGCUGCAUAAACUCCCUUUUGAAAGAAAACGAAAAGUGGAGCUGGACGAAAAUGCUCCUCGACUUGGUAAACGACACAAAAAAGAGAAUCAACGAAAAGAUUAACGCUUUCUUUAAAGUGUUCGUUUUAAGCGCAGAUUACUUCCCCAAUGAGCUGCAGAUAAAUGAUGACGCCAUGACGAUGAUGAGGGGUGGGGGACCAACUGGAUCUGUGGGCUACUUCAACGCAGAGCACGCGAAAAUGCUGCUCGAGUCUGCAUCUGUAUAUGAUAAAAAAUGCACCACUAAGGGGAUAACAACCCAGGGGAGCUUCUCUCCUUCGAGAUGUCUACCAAUAAAUAGGGACCACUUCGGAUACGCCAAUGCUAACAGGGUUCUUAGCAACGAGGGGGUGAGGGACAACUACUAUGCGCAGAAUAUGACCAACCUUAAUCGCUUCAACAAAUCUCUUUUUAACCACGACUUAUGGGGACAGUGUGGCCUUUUUUCCCUCCCCAAUUCGGGCAAUGAUUCGUAUUUACCGCAAAAUUGGGGAACCCCCUACCCGCAUACACACUCUGCUCCUAAAAAACAAAACGUAAAAAACUUCUACAUUUCUGUGGUUAACAAAAAAACGAAUGUGAAAGAGGUGAGGAAGAUUAGUCUGAUGGAAAUUUGCAGCUCCCCCUAUUUCUUCCUCUGCCAAGGGUUUCUCUCAGACUUGGAGAGCUACUUGGCUCUGAAUCACUGCCUUUUGUAUCUUAAGAAAAACGAAGCAGAGCUGUCGCAGGUCCACGUGAACUUCUUCUCCUCCCUGAUAGACGUCGACGAAGUGAAUUUCCUGGAAGAAGGGGUGUCCAAAUCCAUCCUCAGACUCGCCAUUAGAAGACUCACCACUUUGUUUAAAAUCCCAACUGAUCAAAUCAAAUCGGUGGAGUUCUGUCUGUACCUAAAAGGCAGCGAACAGAUGGAGACCCUAAAUUUUACCGGCCAGAGUAUUUACAGAUAUUCCAUUUUUAUAUUUUUAAGCAGCAAAAAGGGCAACUUUGUGGAGUUCCCCCAGAGUGGGCUGAAAAUUAUGACCAUGGCUGGGAACUGCAUCAUAUAUGAGUGCUCUGGGAUGGGGAGUGAUUCCGUCCAGGGGGUCGACUCCAACCCGAAGAGCACCGGCUUCAAAUUCGAUCUCUCAGAAGAGAAACUCUUUUUCCUAAAAGUUAACCUCAAGGAAAAUGUAGAUUUGCACCAGUUGUUAGUAAGCGGAAAGGGUGCUGCCGCAACAGGUGAUAUGCCACUUCCCAGGGCCCCCCAAUUUGCCGAAUUGUCCUGCGCAGGCUCUCCUAACUACACUUAUUGCUAUAACUACUCCCCUCCAUAUGCCCAUAUCACCUCCAACCGUGUGAACCUCACUAGCGCGGCCUUUAACCCUCUGACCAACCCAUUUUCGUGUGUUCAGCGCAACGUGGACACCAUUAACAAAGAGAUAAUGCAGCUGAACAUGAACAGUAUGCGCAACUUAUACUUAAAGACGAAGACUGCUAAGAAUUGCGCAGCCCCCUUUGUCGUGCCCCUUUCGCAGUUUUCGCAGCACCAAAUGGGGGCGAACUCCCCCCAAGGGUGCUAA